CCUCAGCAAAUUAAGGAUAUUAAGCAGUUCCUUGAAAUUGCCCGCAGAAAAGAUGCCAAGUCUGCUCGCAUCAAGAAGAACGCUGACUCUGUCAAGUUCAAGGUUAGAUGCUCCCGCUACCUUUAUACUCUCGUUGUCAAGGAUAAGUCCAAGGCCAGCAAGCUCAAGCAAUCUCUUCCUCCU